AUGGCGCACUCGUCGAAUCCAAACCCUGUGCCUAAACUAUACAAGUCAAUUAUUGAAGAUGUAAUUGAAGGAGUAAGGGAAUUAUUUGUUGAAGAAGGUGUUGAUGAACAUGUUCUGAAAGAGCUAAAACAGCUAUGGGAAACCAAAGUUAUGCAGUCCAAAGCCACAGAAGGCUUUUUCAGAGACAGCGCACCGCAAUUCGUUCUACAACUGCCACAGCAUUUACAUCAGUCUAUUCAUGCAGCAACAGGUCUGAGAAACUUACAGAAUUUUGCAACAAAUGAAAUGAAUUCUUCCGGGACAAAUGGAGCAUUUACCCUUCCACCUGGGCUAACUUAUCCCAUUCACCUACCAGCAGGAAUGACUGUGCAGACUGCAUCCGGACAGCUGUACAAAGUUACUGUGCCUGUAAUGGUUACUCAAGCACCUGGAGCUCCAAGAAUUCUUCAGCAGUCAGUUCAGCAUUACUUUCAGCACAUAAGUCAUCCUACUGCACCACCAGCUAACAGCCAGCUUGCAGCUGCGCAAGCAGGGCAGAAAUGGCAGCAGCAAGCUCCGUUGGUUCAAAAACCCUCUGAAGUAAUCGACCUAUAUGAAGCAGAGAGCACCGUGGAGAAAAGUUUUGCAAAUGCCGAUGGGGCUUCAUUUACUCAGUCUGAUAUGCUGGAAAAUCUUACAAAUAAUGGGUUUAAUCAGCCUCUGAGUGGUUCAGCAGAAACUAAUUUUAAUGAUGUGCUGCCACCUGUCUUUAGUUCAAAGCAGACCGAAUUACCGUUAGUUGAUAAUGCUGAUUCUAUGCUGAACAACCUAACCAUGACACAGACAGUUCAAGGAAGUUCAGCACAUGACUGUACACUGCCAUUAAAGUCACAGGUCCCAGAUACUGAUGUACAAAUCACCAUACUGGAUGACGAUGUACAAGAAAUUAUUCCUGUUGACAAUGGCAACUUAAACAUCCCAAAUGAGGUAACUGCAUUAGACAACCAUGGGGUUCCUAGAGACAUAGAACUAAUCCAAUUAGAUGGUCCUGGUGACACUUCCUCUGAUGAAGAACUGGGAACUAUUAGAGAUACAGAGGAGAAUGAAUUUCUUGGCAUAAUUGACACAGAAGAUCUUAAAGCUCUGGAAGAGGGAGACAGUGCAUCUGGUGAUUCAACCAGCAAUAGCAGUGAUGAUGAAGAUCCAGAGAUUGAUGUCAUUGAAGAGGACCCUUUGAAUUCUGGGGAUGAUGUGAGUGAACAAGAAGUUCCAGACCUAUUUGACACUGACAAUGUUAUAGUUUGUCAGUAUGAUAAGAUUCACCGGAGUAAAAAUAAAUGGAAAUUUUACUUAAAAGAUGGAGUCAUGAGCUUUGGAGGAAAAGACUAUGUGUUUUCUAAAGCAAUUGGGGAAGCUGAAUGGUAAAUUAUGCCCGAUCCUGU